UUCCAAUUAAUUUUUCCCCUCUCUUUUUCUUCAAUUUAAACAGGGACAUGUGCAUCCCGGUGCAUUUUUGGUCCGUUCCGGUGGGUUUUUUAUGCGUUCCAGUACAGUUCUGUGCAGAAAAAAUGCAGCAUGUCCUACUUUUUUUCCUGCAACUGGAACGCACUGGAACUGCAAGCACUGAUGUGAACUAUAACAUUGACAACCAUAUAACCUACUUUCUGUGCAUUUUGGAUGCAGAAAAAAAGCAACUGAAACGCAUGUAGUGUGAACCGUCCCUAAAGGUUGGAAUUAGGGAUGUACUACA